AUGACGUCGCAAUACGCGGACUCGGGCGCAUGGCAAGAGGUGAAACGCGGACCACAAGGAAAGAAGGCUCUCAAGACCAUUGUGAUUCGGGCUGAGAAGCCCAAAGACAGUCCUCAGCAGGCGACCGGCCAUGCCAGACAGCCUACAUCUGAGUUGCGAGAGACGAUUUGGCCGCUUACUCUUCCAUCCGCUGGAAAUAGCGACAUCAAGUCAUUCAACCCACUUGAGCACUGGUGCGGCGUGUGUUCCAUAAAGUUGCCUAAUAAGAUAGCAUUGCAGACGCACGCCAAACAGCUUCCGGGACAUGAGAAUUACUGCAAUCUCUGCAAGCGCGUCUUCAAAGACAGAAACGGCCUGAAGAACCAUGUCGACAACUCUGCAGGACACGAGGUCUUUUGCAACCUUUGCCUUAGCGCCUUCAAAGACAAGUGGGGACUUAGAAAUCACUUCGAAAACAAUCUCUCGGUGGGACACCAUUUCGCGUGCUUGGAAUGUUUACGAGGGUUCCAAACUGUCGAGAAGCUGAAGCUUCAUCUGCACACCGCGGCCAGGCAUGUCCGUUGUGAGACGUGCCAUAGGAAUUUCCGAAAUCAAGACGAACGAAACGAGCAUUGGGUCACAACAAAGAAGCACAAGCAUUGCCUCCAACCUGGAUGCGACUUUGACGCCGCGAGCGCGACGCUGUUGGAAAAGCAUAUCCAGCAAGCCCACUUUCAGUGUGACCAAUGCCUCAAGGUUUUUCCGAGCGGGAGCAAGCUCUCAGCGCACGUCGGAACAUGUGCUCCUCUUCUGCACUGCAAAGAUUGCAACGAGUAUUUCCCGACUCAAGAGAGCUUCACAGUGCAUCGUGAGGCAUGUUUCUGGUGCCCCAGCUGCGGCCAUUGGACUGAGCGCGAGGAGGUUCACAUGAAGCACCUAUCCACUCAUGGCAUUGCCUACUGCAAGUGCUGGCUUUGUUCGAAACCCAUGCGCAGCCAAUCGCAACUCAUCAGUCAUCUGGAAAAGGCUAAGUGCCCGCAAUUCACCGACCCUACUCAUCUUCCUCGAAUGCUGGGAACGUGGUGGUAUUCGGUUCUAUACAUGGACAUCGACCUGCACACUUCUCUGCGUACCGGCCGGUGUGCGACCAACGAAUUGGCGGAGUGGCUCAAAGCGGACAUUGUGCCUCUUUUCGUCUGCCGCGCUGAGGGUUGUGGAGAGACCUUCGGUCGGUUCAGCGCCCUUGUAUACCACGUCGAGACAGGGGAUUGCGAGUGGACUGCGAAGAGGCUCCGAUUCGAUAUGCUGGAGAAGGAGUUGGCUCGUUAUAUGGCGGAGAAUGGCUUGCAUCGGGGUUGA